CCAAUGCGUGUGACGAAUCCAAACGAUGAACAUUAAUUGCGUGCGUUUUCUGGCUCUGACCUUGGUUUUAAUAAGUUUAGUUUAUAUUUUUUACUCGAUAUGUGAUGCUAGAAAAGGCAGUUUCUUUAGCAAUAUCGUUGCACCGAAACGAGUGACUUACAUUCUUGCAUUUGGCGACUCACUGACACGAGGCUACGUUUCACCUUCUACAGGAAGACGUGACCAUCCAUAUUCAAAAAUUUUAUCGAAAACUCUGAAGUAUCUUCACUCAAAAGAUGACAUUUUUAUUGUCGACAAUUAUGGGAAAGCUGGCGAGCAAGCCUUGGGUACUGCACAAGAAAGACUUACAGCUGCCUUGAGGAGAAGGUUUUACAAAUGGGUUAUUAUUUUAACUGGAACAAACGACUUGGCAGCCUACUCAAAACAUAAAGAUUCCAGGAAAAGAUUUCAUAACGACACAGUAUUCAUAACAGCGUUGUUCUCAAAAAUUAAGACUCUAUCCAACAUGGCUAUGCACACCGGUGCCAGAGUUUUUCUUGGUACGAUAUUUUCUCGUCAGUGUGAAGAGCAAUUAAAGAAUAAACGCUGUGAUAAGUUAGCCAACAAUCGCAAAACACUGAAUAAUAAAAUUCGUAAUUAUGUUCUUGAUACCAAAGGUCUAUUGAUCCUUGUUGAUUUCGAUCGAGAAUUUCCAUAUAAAGAAAUGAGCCAGCAACAAAAGCAAUUGUAUUGGCAAGAUGAUGUGCAUUUUACAGAAGCUGGAUACGAACGCAUGGCCAAAUUCAUUUAUACAACAAUGUUUCCUUACCUUCCUGAAAGACACUAUAUAAGACCAGAACCUUGAAUUGUUCAUACAAACAUUUAUAUUUCCUGCUAUGGAUUUUCUAGGGAAAAGUGUUUGCUAAGGAGGAAUUUGUGUUUGAUGGAGCUCAUUUCCAAUAAAUACGUAUCGCCCAAUCAAA